GAAGAUGACCCUGGAGAAAUCCUAGAAAACAGAAAACAAGAAGAUGUCAUGUUGAGAAAGACCUCCUUCAACUUGACCAUGAGUCAAACGAGGAAGAAAGGUUCCUCAGAUGGAGAAACCAAACCCCGGACUUCAUUUGUCAGCAAAUUCCUCAGGGGCUCAAAACUCAGGUCCUCCAAAGCGGAAAGCAGAAACGAGAGCAAUGACCUUAAAACAGCUGAUUCCCAGCCCAGCGAUGAGCCACAGAAGAUUGCCACCUUAGACACCGCCACGCCUCUCACUUCAGAAAUGGAACCGGGAUGCAGGGUGGAGCAGUUCCUGCAGAAGCUGGGCAAAAAGGCUGCGGACACGUGUCUAGAUCUGAAUAACUGCGGGCUCACGACAGCGGACGUGAGGGAGAUGGUUGCUUUGCUGCCUUUUCUCCCGGACCUAGAAACACUGGACAUUUCCUGGAAUGAUUUUGUCGGUGGAACCCUCCAUUCGAUCACUGAGCAAAUGCAUCUUGUCAGCAAGUUAAAAAGCCUGAGGCUGGGGAGUUGCAGACUUACCACAGAUGACGUUCGAGCACUGGGAGCCGCACUUAAAGCGACACCUGACCUUGAGGAGCUGACUUUGUCCUGGAACAGUAAAGUGGGGGGAAACUUGCCUCUGAUCCUCCAGAAGUUCCAAGCCGGGAGCAAGAUCCGAACGCUGGAGCUGGUGGAUUGCGCCCUCACCUCAGAAGACGGGGCGUUUGUGGGUCAGUUGCUACCUAUGCUGCCCAGUCUCGAAGUACUUGAUCUCUCCAUUAACAGAAACAUCGGCGGCAGUCUGAACAGUAUCACUCAGGGGUUACAAAGUGCCUCAAAUCUGAAAGUACUGAAGUUACAGUCAUGUGGGUUAUCACAAAAGAGUGUCAAACUAUUGGACGCUGCUUUUGGAUACUUGAGUGAGCUGAGGAAACUUGACCUUUCCUGCAACAAGGAGCUGGGUGGGGGUUUUGAAGACUCGCCAGCUCAGGUGGCCACGCUGGAGCAUCUGGAAGUCCUGGACCUGCACCGGUGCUCACUAACAGCAGGCGACGUGGUGUCACUGACCCAGGUUAUCCCUUUGCUCUCCAGUCUUCACGGAUUGGAUUUAUCUGCCAACAAAGAGAUGGGCAGCUCUUCUGAAAACCUACUCAGCAGGCUCCGAUUUUUACCAGCACUGAGGUCACUACUCAUCAACAGCUGUGCUUUGCAAAGGGAGACUUUUACUGCCCUUGCUGAAGCCUCCAUUCACCUCCCUGCCCUGGAAGUACUCAGCCUUUCUUGGAAUAAGUGUGUCGGUGGCAACCUGAAGCUGCUCCUGGAAACACUAAAGCUUUCCACAUCCCUUCAAGUGCUGAGGCUGAGCAGCUGUUCCCUGGUGACAGAGGACGUGGCUCUCCUGGCAUCGGUAAUACACACAGGUCAUCUGACCAGGCUGCGGAAGCUCGACCUGAGCUAUAAUGACAGCAUCUGUGAUGCAGGAUGGGCCAUCUUCUGCCAAAACGUGUGGCUCCUCCAAGAGUUAACAGAGCUGGAUAUUAGCCUUCGGCCAUCAACUUUUCGGGAUUGUGGACAAUGGUUUAGACACUUGUUAUGUGCUGUGACCAGACUUCCGGAGAUCACUGAAAUAGGAAUGAAAAGAUGGAUCCUCCCACCUUCACUGGAGGAAGAACUAAAAUGUUUGGACCAAGAUCGCAGCAGCAGCAUUCACUUUGACCAUGGCGGGUGUCAAGACCAAGGACAGGAUAAAAAUGUAUAG